GGGGAGAUAUAUAUAUAUAUUUAUAUAUAUAAUUUUUUUUUGGCUCCUGCUAAAAUUAGCAGGGCUCGCCGCGCGCCUGUGUGCGAGUGUGUGCGAGUGUGUGUGCGUGCGGGCGUGUGUGUGUGAAUGUGAUUACUCCAGGACUCCUCGGGCUCCGGAGACGCCAUUUUCCCCCUUGAUAUCUCUCUCCAUAAAUCGGUGGCGCGGCGGAGGCGGCCGAGUCGGGCGGGAAGCGCGGGGCCGGCCGGGGCGCCCGCCGCUCGCCGCCGCCUCCGCGCGCCCGGGGGCCCCGGCGCCCCUCGAGCUAGGGCGGCCAACCCGCGGCUCGCCGUUUGACAGAUGCUCAUCGCCAUGGAGUUGCCGCAGCAGCACCUUUGGGGGCUCGGGCGAGCGACGGGAGCCGGGAUCUGAGCGAGCGCCGGGGCCAGCGGAGCCGGAGCCGCCGGGACAUGGUUGCAGAUCUGAUCUCUUCUGAACUCAUCGUGUCUCCAUCCCUGGGAAUCUGACCCUAGCAACUGGACCACUUUGUUCUUGGAAUUUUGGGUGUCCUCUCUUUUCACGUUUCCCUUUUCCCUUUAUCCCUUCCCCCUCCUGAGAACUCCUGAAGACUGUAGAGAUUGUCAUGGAGUCCAGGGAAACCUUAAGCAGCUCCCGGCAAAGAGGGGGCGAGUCAGACUUCCUGCCGGUCUCCGCAGCCAAGCCCCCGGCUGCUCCUGGCUGUGCAGGAGAACCUUUGCUCUCCGCUGCAGGACCUGGGAAGGGGAUCCCGGUGGGUGGAGAACGCAUGGAGCCAGAGGAAGAGGAUGAACUGGGCUCAGGGCGGGAUGUGGAUUCCAACUCCAACGCGGACAGCGAGAAAUGGGUGGCAGGAGAUGGCCUGGAAGAGCAGGAGUUUUCUAUCAAGGAGGCGAACUUCACAGAGGGAAGUCUGAAGCUAAAGAUUCAGACCACAAAGCGGGCUAAGAAACCCCCAAAGAAUUUGGAGAACUAUAUAUGCCCACCUGAGAUCAAGAUCACCAUCAAGCAGUCUGGGGACCAGAAGGUGUCCCGUGCUGGAAAAAAUAGCAAAGCUACGAAGGAGGAAGAAAGAAGCCACUCCAAAAAGAAGCUCCUCACAGCCAGUGACCUUGCAGCCAAUGACCUCAAAGGAUUUCAGCCACAGAUUAAAGACUCCAGUAAGGAGGAAAUCUGGAAGAGAAGAGGCCAGGGCCUCACAUUCAAAAAGCCAUUCCUGUCCCGGGAACGUGCUGCGUGCCUCUCUUGCCCCCUGGAGCCCAUUCCCCACAAAGCCCACUUAUGUCUCUCACUCUGCCCCUUUCACAGCGAAUCUGCAGUCUGGGUGCAAGAAGUAUAACUUAGCAUGGAUUCUGUAAAGCCCACACCUGUGUUCAUUCCCGGUUCUUUCCAUUCAACAAUUGAGACUUGCCCAAGAUUGUAAACUGGCAAGUGACGGCAUUUGGGUUUAUGGUCUCCUCUGCCUGCUACGUAGACAUUCUCUCUGGGUCUAAAAGAUACCCAGAAAGAUCCAGCUUCACAAUGCUGCCCUGGAGAGAUCAUGCAUUAGGUGGUCCCCACGCAGCAUUCACUGACUUCCAGGGCAGGCUUGAUCCCAUGAGUUGGCUUGCUCAGAUGAUCGCUUAGUAAACACACACCUUUAUUCUCUGGGCCUUUUUUCUAGCUUGCCUUGUAUCAGCUGUGCCAUGGAUCUUUGCUCCCUGAUCCCAUGCUAUGCAGAGUAUGGGCUGCAAGCCACUGUUGGCCUGUCAAUUGUGUGUCUCUGGUCCGCUAUGGGAUACUUUUAGAAACUUUUAUAGCAGUUUGACAUUUUUGUGAUACUCAAGCGUGUGAAUGUUUUCCUACUGGUUUAUCUUUAUAGUAUUUUACCAAAGUAUCCAUACAAAAAUAUGAAUUAAGAACAAAACAUUUGGUCCUUCAUCAAAGAUCAUUUGACAAGCUCUGUUCUAGUUCACCAACACUGAGCUUUUCUGGUUUUAAUAAAAGAGUAGGAUUUGGA